CGGGGCGUGGGGGGCACCAGGAGCCCAGUGACCCGCAGCCUUAGGAGCGCGGGCGGAGGCCGGCGCAUGUGGGCUUUUCGCUCGGUGCUGCUGCUGCGGUCCGCGGCCGGGCGCGCCAUGUCGCAGGGACCCGCCCGCCGCCAGCGGCCGCCCAAGGACCCGCUGCGGCACCUGCGCACGCGGGAGAAGCGUGGCGCGGCGUGGGAGCCCGGGGGCCCGAACACCGUGUACCUGCAGGUGGUGGCGGCCGGCGGCCGGGACGUGGGCGCGGCGCUCUACGUCUUCUCCGAGUACAACCGGUAUCUCUUCAACUGUGGAGAAGGCGUCCAGCGACUCAUGCAGGAGCACAAGUUGAAGGUGGCUCGUUUGGAUAACAUAUUCCUGACCCGAAUGCACUGGUGUAAUGUGGGGGGGCUGUGUGGAAUGAUUCUCACCUUAAAGGAAACCGGGCUCCCAAAGUGUGUGCUUUCGGGACCUCCACAGCUGGAAAAAUACCUGGAAGCUAUCAAAACAUUUUCUGGUCCGCUGAAGGGAAUAGAUCUGGCCGUGCGGCCCCACUCGGCACCCGAAUACAAGGAUGAGACCAUGACAGUUUUCCAGAUCCCCAUAUACAGCGAGCAGAAGCGUGGAGAACGCCAGCCAUCUCAGAGUCCAGAAAGACUCAGUCCAGGGCAGUCUUCGGAUUCUGGAUCCACCGAAAACGAGCAUCUUGCAGACGGUGUCGGCCAGAGAAAGCGUGGCAGGGACCCGUCCUUGGUCGUAGCCUUUGUCUGUAAGCUGCACGUGAAGAAAGGAAACUUCCUGGUGCUCAAAGCCAAGGAGCUGGGCCUCCCGGUCGGGACGGCUGCCAUCGCCCCCAUCAUCGCUGCUGUCAAGGACGGGAGGAGCGUCACUUACGAGGGCAGGGAGAUUUUGCCUGAAGAGAUCUGUACUCCUCCAGAUCCCGGCCUUGCUUUUGUUGUGGUGGAGUGUCCGGACGAAGGAUUCAUUCGGCCCGUCUGCGAGAACGCCACCUUCAAGAGGUACCAGGGAAAUGCCGAGGCCCCCGUGGCGCUGGUGGUUCACAUGGCCCCGGAGCGUGUGCUUGCGGACUCCAGGUACCAGCAGUGGAUGGAGAGGUUCGGGCCCGCCGCCCAGCACCUGGUCCUGAACGAGAGCUGCUCGUCCGUCCACAAUCUCCGCAGCCACAAGAUCCAGACGCAGCUCAGCCUCAUCCACCCCGACAUCUUCCCCCCACUCGCCACCCCCUGCCGCCAGGUAGUGCCCCACACGGUCCCCCAGCCCGGCCCGGCCCCUCGGCUCGGUUUCUCUCCACGCAGUGGGGUUUGUCUCUUCCAGGAGGAAGUCCCGGCUUCCCGUGUGCCCACCGUCCGGGGCGAGUGCCUCCUCAAGUAUCAGCUGCGUCCUCGGAGGGAGUGGCAGAGGGACGCGGUUAUUAACUGCAAUCCUGAGGAGUUCAUCGCCGAGGCCCUGGAGCUCCCCAACUUCCAGGAAAGCGUGCAGGAAUACCGGAAGGCUGUGCGGGACGGCCCAACCCCCGCAGAGAAUGGAAGCCAGUAUCCAGAAAUCGUCUUCCUCGGGACGGGAUCUGCCAUCCCGAUGAAGAUUCGGAACGUCAGCGCCACGCUUGUCAACAUAAGCCCCGACAGGUCCCUCCUCCUGGACUGUGGCGAAGGCACGUUCGGGCAGCUGUGCCGUCACUACGGGGACGAGGUGGACAGGGUCCUGGGCACCCUCGCCGCUGUGUUCGUGUCCCACCUGCACGCGGAUCACCACACGGGCUUGCUAAAUAUUCUGCUGCAGAGGGAGCGAGCCCUGGCAUCCCUGGGAAAGCCGUGUCACCCUCUGCCCGUGGUCGCCCCGACCCAGCUCAGGGCUUGGCUGCAGCAGUACCACCACCAGUGCCAGCGGAUCCUGCACCACGUCAGCCUGAUUCCUGCCAAAUGCCUUCAGAAAGGGGCAGAGGUGCCCAGCCCCGAGGUUGAAAGGCUGAUUGGUUCGCUGCUGGAAGCGUGUGAUCUGGGAGAGUUUCAGACCUGCCUGGUCCGGCACUGCAAGCAUGCUUUCGGCUGCGCGCUGGUCCACACAUCCGGCUGGAAGCUGGUCUAUUCGGGUGACACCAUGCCCUGCGAGGCUCUGGUCCAGAUGGGGAAGGACGCCACCCUCCUGAUACACGAGGCCACGCUGGAGGACGGUUUGGAGGAGGAGGCCGUGGAAAAGACGCACAGCACCACGUCUCAGGCGAUCGGCGUGGGUGUGCGGAUGAACGCGGGCUUCACCAUGCUCACCCACUUCAGCCAGCGCUACGCCAAGGUCCCCCUCUUCAGCCCCGGCUUCAACGAGAAAGUGGGGAUCGCCUUUGACCACAUGAAGGUCUGCUUCGGGGACUCCGCCACGGUCUCCAAGCUGAUCGCCCCGCUCCAGGCCCUGUUUGCCGGCGACAUCGAGGAGAUGGAGGGGCGCAGGGAGAAGCGGGGGGUGCGGCUGGCGCGGGCGGCCCUCCUCUCCGGGGAGCAGGUGGGCGGCCCCGAGGACGGGGCGCCCCAGCAGAAACGGGCCCUCCCGGAGCAGCCGCAGAGCCCUCAGAGCAAGAAGGUCAGGGCCCAGUGAAGGCCCAGAGCGACCCCGGACUCGGGAGGCUGGCAUUCUCUGCGCGGUGGCCCCGGGUCUGCUCCCCUGGGCGGUCCUCGGCGGGGCGCAGCCCGGCCUUGGGACGUGAGGCUGCUGGAUGGAAAAACGGACAGCUGGAAUUCGGUACAAGCCAAUUUUUAAGGAAGUCACGAAAAAUGGCGUGCCCACGCCUGCCCCAGCCGAUGCGUUCUAUCUGCACACUCCAGGCGAGCCGUGUCCCAGGAACGCUGCGUCGUGGACGUGAGUGUCCGAGUGCCCGAGACUCCAGAAAUACCACUUCCAAAGACAGAACCCAGUAAAGAUGCCGCGUGGAACCUAAGUGCUUUGCUUCGUCCUCUUAACACCGCUGAGCAGGAGUCUCCCCGCCCUGCACCCAGGGAGACCUGGAAGUCAGCUCCGAUGACGGCGAGGACCUCCGGAGCCUGUCCCUAGGGAGUGGCCACCCCUCUGUGCCCUGGAUUUUGACAGAAGUCAAGCCAUGCCGGCUCAGGAAGACGCGGGUCCUCCCACUGAGGAGACCCCCUCACCACCCUGGAGUCAUGAGAAAUCCGACGCCAAGUUGGCUCUCUUGCCCUCCUUGUGGGAUUUAACAACACUGAGGUUAGUGCUUGGAAACCGAGGGAAUUUUCAAAGAUGAGUCUGGUAUUUAUUUGUGUCUUCUCCCUCCCAGGAGAACACACAGAUUUGAAAGUGAAACCAAGGAUGUAGCCUUGCCCAGCCCUGGUCUCAGGUUUCCUCCCGAGGAGGAAUGUUCCCGGCAAGUUGAUCGUCAAAACAAGAAGAUAGGCCACGCUCAGGGAUAAUAAAUCUAUUUUAAUAACAUUA